UCAAGCGGAAGUGUUUGCAAGCCAUUCGGAAUUGAAGGCAUUUUCAGAUCAGAUUCGACAACUCGCCUACCUGCGAGCAGGGCGCAGUACACCGUGAAACGAUUUUUAACGCAAACGCAAUGUGCGAGCGCAUUUAAAUGACAUCGCCGAUAUGUUUCCGUCGGAUAGCCCCGAGCAGCGAGGCGGAUAGUCUGCACACCUCAUUGGAUUUUUGAAGGAGGCCAGUGGAAAUUACUUUAUCAGUGUAUUUUCGAACGGACACCGUUGCGUUCUGAGGUGUAUCCUGUGGUAGACUCUGCUGGGCGGAUAAUUGCUGCUACAAUUUAACGAAGUGCAGAAGCUGUUCGAGGAAUAGACUUGGCUAUAUUCGUUUCUCUUGGCAACAAAUCCAAAUCUGUAACUGGAUCUUAUGAGAGCUAACCAAGCAAGCUAACUAGCUAUGUGGGACAUAGUUUAAUGCAUUAUCCUGGACGCAAGAAUCUGUUAAUUUAACGCGCGACUCGCUCGGAAACAUCCAGAUGGUAGACUAGAAGGCGAAAAAGACUGGCACGUGGAGAAAAAACACACCUUCGUGUUAAAGGAAAAGCAAGAAAGUGACAACGCACCGAACGAACGUGUGGCCCCUUUCGUCAUGCGGCGGUGGGGGAGGAUCGGAGCAGGGCCCUCGCAGUGGAUUUCAUGUUUCGCAACAAUGUUAAUGCUCCUCAUCUCAGGAUUAUAGGCUGAGGCUCAAAAAAUGAGGACCGCUCGUUUGUUAAACUGCACUGUGUAGACUAGAGCACCGAAAUGAGCGACGAGGGAAUUGCAACGAUAUCCUCGAUUGUAAGACUACCAUGGCAUAAUUCAAGAGGUUUGCUAAAUUGUUUCAUUUGAGAAAAGAACACGUUGAAAUUAGGCUACUUUGAUUACAAUUUAAUAUACAAUUUCGAAUUCAUUUCUGACUGGUUACCCAAAUCACAAAUGCACAUGUUCUAGAGUAUAUUUCAUUUAGUCACGCAAAUUCAUGAAGCGAGCGCAACCUCAGCCCGUACAGUUGGCCAACAGUUAAUCCCUUGAAAAUCCACAUAUCUUAAAGCAAACGCAUUCUGGUCUACACUCGGCCCCAGUCACAUCAUACCAAUUUAUAUUUUGUUCAAGGUUAUUCUUUGGUUCCUAAACAAAUGGCUUCAUUCCCAGAUUCCGACCUGCAGACAUGCCCCCUGUGCAAGGAGCUGUGCGGGUCCUCUGCUCCGAUCUCCUCCAACUCAUCUACCUCAUCAUCCUCAUCUCAUACCUCAAGUUCAUCUACCUCAUCCUCCAGAAGGCUCCACGUACUCCCGUGUCUUCAUGCGUUUUGUAGGCAGUGCCUGGAAGGCCAGCGGAACUCCGGUGACCCACUGAAACUUAGGUGCCCGACUUGUGACCAAAAGGUUUCCAUGUCCGAAUCCGGAGUGGACGCGUUGCCAUCCUCGAAUUUUUUGUUCAACAACUUACUUGAUGUAGUAGUUGCGUCCGAGGAACAGAACAAGAGCAGCUGCAGAGUGAACCCACAUAGCAGCGGCCUUCUUCGGCCUCACCACCUCACUGAACCUCAAUGUAGCUCGUGCGACGAGGGCAAUCCCGCUACCUCACAUUGCUUGGACUGCCAAGAGUACCUCUGUGAUAACUGUGUCCGGGCGCACCAGCGUGUGCGUUUAACCAAAGACCAUUUUAUCGAAAGGUUACUGGAGAACUUGCACAUUGGAGGCCGGACCAACAACUCCAACACUCCGGUGAGCCUCUCCCAGUCGUUCCAUUCGACCUACUCCUUUCUGCCCGUCUUUCAGGAGCGAAUGGACUUCUGUCAACAGCACGAUAAUGCGGUGCUGCGCUUCUUCUGUGACAGCUGCUCGGUGCCCAUUUGCCGUGAGUGCAGCGCAGGGCGGCACGCCGGCCACAGCGUCACCUACCUUCAGGACGCGGUGCAAGACUGCCGUGCCCUCACCAUCCAGCUGCUGGCCGAUGCCCAGCAGGGACGACAGGCUGUUCAGUUGAGCAUUGAGAAGGCCCAAGCCAUAGCUGAGCAGGUGGAGCUGAAAGCGAAGGUGGUGCAGACGGAGGUGAAGACCAUUACUCUGCGCCACAAGAAGGCCUUGGAGGAGAGGGAGUGUGAGCUCCUCUGGAAGGUUGAGAAGAUCCGUCAGGUGAAGGCCAAGUCCCUGUACCUCCAGGUGGAGAAGCUCCACCAGAACCUGACCAAGCUGGACACCACCAUCGCCACAGUGCAGCAGGUGCUGGAGGAGGGUGGGAGCCUGGACGUGCUGCUGGCCCGCGAGCACAUGCUGGCCCAGAUCGAGGAGCUAAAGGCCCUGCGCUGCCUGCUGCAGCCGCAGGAGGACGACCGCAUUGUCUUCACCCCGCCCGACCAGGCGCUCUUCAUAGCCAUCAAGUCCAUGGGCCUGAUCAGCAGCGGCGCCUACGCGUCUGCCUCCAAAGCCCACGGCGAGGGCCUGAAGCGGGGCCUGCAGGGCAAGGUAGCCUCCUUUACCGUGGUGGGCUACGACCAUGAUGGCGAGCCCCGGCUGUCUGGCGGAGACGGUGUGUCGGCCGUGCUGAUGGGUCCUGACAGGGCCCUGUCCAGCGCCGACGUGUCCGACCAUCAGGACGGCACCUAUACGGUGAGCUACCUGUCCAAGAGCGAGGGCGAGCACCUGCUGUCCGUGCUCAUCUGCAAUCAGCACAUUGAGGGCAGCCCUUUCAAGGUGCUGGUGAAGUCGGGCCGCAGCUAUGGCGGGGUGGGGCUGCCCAUGGCCUCGUUCGGGAGCGAGGGGGACGGCGAGGGGCAACUCUGCCGCCCCUGGGGCGUCUGCGUCGACAAGGAAGGAUUUGUGGUGGUGGCGGACCGGAGCAACAAUCGCGUGCAAAUCUUCAAGCCCUGUGGCGCCUUCCACCACAAAUUCGGCACGCUAGGCUCGCGCCCUGGCCAGUUUGACCGGCCUGCGGGCGUGGCCUGCGACAGCCAGCGGAGAAUCAUUGUGGCGGACAAGGACAAUCACCGCAUCCAGAUCUUCACCUUCGAGGGCCAGUUCCUCCUCAAGUUUGGCGAGAAGGGCACAAAGAAUGGGCAGUUUAACUACCCCUGGGACGUCGCCGUGAACACGGAGGGAAAGAUCCUGGUGUCCGACACGCGCAACCACCGCGUGCAGCUCUUCGGGCCCGACGGCACGUUCCUCAACAAGUAUGGCUUCGAGGGAGCGCUGUGGAAGCAUUUCGACUCACCGCGUGGCGUGGCCUUCAACCAGGAAGGGCACCUGGUGGUCACAGACUUCAACAAUCACCGACUGCUCGUCAUCCGGCCGGACUGCCAGUCCGCUCGCUUCUUGGGCUCGGAGGGGACGGGCAACGGGCAGUUCCUGCGCCCGCAGGGGGUGGCGGUGGACCAAGAGGACCGCAUCAUCGUCGCCGACUCCCGCAACCAUCGCAUUCAGGUGUUCGAGCCCAACGGCAAUUUCUUAUGCAAGUUCGGCACUCAGGGCAGUGGCUUUGGGCAGAUGGAUCGCCCAUCGGGUAUAGCCGUUACCCCUGACGGAAUGAUUGUCGCCGUGGACUUUGGUAACAACCGAAUCCUCAUGUUCUAAGCAAUGCUUGCUUUUUGCUCGGUGUGGCAAAAGGAAGCAUCGUGAAGAAGCGGAGAAAAGAAGAUUUUCGGUACACACACAUCAGGAGCAAAAAAGUGGAGAAAAUACUAACAGAGUUAAAUCUCAUUGUCUAAAACACUUUAAAUCAAAAUGCCUUUUGUAUUAGUUAAUCAGAGCAUAUUGAAGCCGUCUGCUCAGUGCUGACCAACAGAUCUGUUCUGUGGUCUAAGAAGCAGCCCUUCCACUUUCCAAGGGGCUAGGACUGCUGAAAUAGGAUACCCUUUUUGCUCUCGAUGUGUGUUUCAAAUCUCUUUUUUUGUUCAGAUUUUUCUCAGGGAAUUUCUUUCAUUCUUGAAAUAUUUUACUCUCUGCAUCAUUACCUACCUCAUCUGGCUUAUGUAUGAAUGUACUCGCAUUGUUUUGUGUGCAGAGACUUAGUCCAUGAAGUUUUAUAUAAAAAAACAUCUACCUCAGUGCUUUUUAGCAAGAGAAAAACUACAAAAAUGAAGCAAUGUUUGAUUUGUAUUUGCACAGCUCGCACAAAAUUUCCCAGUUGUUACUGUGCACAUAAAGCAAUGAAAAUAACCCUGAAUGAUUCUAAAAAAAAAAAAACAAUGUUUCAAAUUUACCAGUUUGUGGCAUGUUUUAGCCAAAGCAUGCAGCCAUAUUCAGAGAAAUCUACUGUGUUUUGUUGUUGUUUGUAGUUCUAUAUACACGUCAUCUGCCUCAUACCUCUGUUUUAAACUUUUUACCUCAACUACACAAUACCUCCAAUGGGUCCAGCUGCCUCUGCAAGCAUUUUCCGUUUCAUUUUUGUUUUAUAUAUAUAUAUAUAUGGGGGCUCAGUCACACUUACUUGACUGACUAAACAUAGUUAAGAACAUUUAUCUUGCAUUAUCCCCUAAUGUCGCAUAUUAAAAUGAAAAAUCACAGAUCCAGUUGUAUGGCAAGAAUAUUGCAAGAAACCAAAAAAAAAAAAUUCUCCAGAAGAGAUUUGCUUUAAUGAAAAAUAUUAUUGUCUAGGUCCUGGUGGCUCUUUAGGGGGAAAUUAAAGGAGGGGCAUAAUAUUUUCUAUGAAUAUAACUAACCUCUAUUUGAUUUGUUUGUCUUGCAAAGUUAGUAUUUGAAAAAUGAAUUACUAUGGCUGCACAACUUUAAGGUGAAAGAAUGAUAUAAUAGCAAGGUGUUUGUUUGAAAUGGGCACAACUGUGCUGGGGGGAAAUGUUGAAUUUGUAUCCAAAUGUUGUUUGAAUUUCUUAGUUUGAUAGCCAUAAUUUAGUUUGUGGACUUAAGUGUGGGGGUUCUGGCCUGGACUCCACUUAGGCUUUUCAAGCCUUUGUUGCGAGGGCUCGGCUUUCAGAGAAACUGUUCCACGUGUCUUUUUGUUAUUGUUGUUGGCAAGAA